GAUACAAGGUUGGCUGCUCCCUUAGAGCGUUUGGAGCAGUCAUGCGCAGUGAGCAGCGGGCCCCGGGGCUGGAGGUGGGAAAUAGGGAGCUAACUGUUGCUCCCGGCACAGUCACUAAAAUGGCGCAGUCCGGGAGUUCUCUGCCAGCCUUCAUAGUAUGGGUGCUAUUGCUGUGUGAGACUCCAGGGAUCCAAGGACUGUGGAGACAUGUGAGGACCAUCACGGACAAGAACUGGAAGGAACUGCUGGAAGGGGAAUGGAUGAUUGAAUUUUAUGCUCCAUGGUGUCCUGCUUGUCAGAACCUUCAACCAGAGUGGGAAGAUUUUGCUGAGUGGGGGGAAGAUCUUGAGGUUAAUAUUGCAAAAGUGGAUGUCACAGAGCAGCCAGGUCUUAGUGGUCGGUUUAUCAUAACUGCACUUCCCACUAUCUACCACUGUAGAGACGGAGAAUUUAGAAGAUAUCAAGGCCCCAGGACUAAAAAGGACUUUAUAAGUUUCAUAAAUGACAAAGAGUGGAAAAAUAUUGAACCUAUUUCUUCAUGGUUUGGGCCAGGUUCUUUUCUGAUGAGCAGCAUGUCAGCUCUUUUUCAGCUGUCUAUGUGGAUUAGGACUUGCCAUAACUAUUUUACAGAAGACCUUAAAAUACCAGUUUGGGGAUCCUAUGCAAUUUUUGCCUUAGCAACUCUGUUCUCAGGCCUAAUACUAGGACUUAUUAUGGUAUUUGUGGCAGACUUCCUUUGUCCUUCAAAAACGAAUAAACCACUGCAGUAUCCUUAUUCAAAAAAACUACCACCAGAAUCUUCCCAUCUUUUGAAAAAAUUGGAACAAAAACAAGAGGAAGAUGAAGAGGAUCAUUCAGAUGAUGAAUCGGAGAACAAAAAUCCAUCUAAAAAAGGCUUUUCACAGACUGCAAUGAGACAACGCAUUGUCAGUCCUCUUUCAGUAGUGGAUAAGUCUUAGUGAUUAGUUAAUGUAAAAGUUAUUAUUUUGACAAAAAUAUAAAGAAUGAUAAAUGAUAAUCUAAUGUUUUGGCUUGAAAAAACUGACUUGUACAUUGUGGCAGUUAGAUAUCUUUUCAAUAAAUUCAGCAGUUUACUUUUAAAAAAUACUUUUAGUGUCUGGAAUGGAAUCCUGAAAGAGGCUUUGAAAACAGUCUGGUGACUCAACCAGUUCCUUAAAAUAGAAGAACCUGGUGUCAAACAAUAAGAUAGAUAUCUUUCUUUCUUUAAUUAUAACUUGUUUACCCUUUAGGGGAAUUUAAAGAAUUUAUACUAAUCAGUUCUAGAGAAAACAUUUGUAAAACUUCUUAGUUUCACUUUUGGAAAAAAUUAAGGAAAACUCUUCACUGUAAGUGAGAAUUUUUCUUAGUGUCUUGUAAAGAAAAUAUAUUUCACAGUAAACUUUUAUCUUUUGUAGUGAUGUAGGCCAAAUGUCUCCCCUAUAUUAAUAUUGUUAAUAAAAAUGACUGAUUUUAAUAAUACUACUUCCUAUACAUGGUAACAAUUAAUAAUAGAAACUUAGUGAUCAUAAAUUCUAUUAUUAUAAUGUCUUAAUUUCACCUAAAGUCAGCAAUCAAUGGCUUUUUUGGGUUAUUUUCUAUAGUUAAAAACUCCCUUCUGCAAAAGAUAUUUUUUAUACAUUUCUUUAAUUACACAUUUUCUUACAUUCCAAAUUAUAUUUUAACUUGAUUACUCAAGAUUAAAUUUAUUUCAUUUCCUGUGACCUAAAGAUCUAUUUUCUUAGUCUAUGAUCCUGUGAUCUUUCUGAGGUGAAAGUAAACAUUUUUCAUAUUAUUUGGGAUUUAAACUGUUCUCAGAGAAAAACAAUGUUUUGAAUUUGAGAUAAUUCAGGAACUAACAAGCUAUUUUUAUAAAUUUCCUUUAAAAAGGAAAUUAACUUUGUGCAAAUGAAAGUAUUAAAAUAUGCAUAAAAUUUUAGCAUUGUCUUUUGAUAAUUGAAAUCACUCAAGCAGACCUAUUUGAAUCUUGUGUCAUUACUACUAUGAUUUUCAUUUAAAUUACUUUUGACAGAAAAAUAAAAAUUGCUGAUAAUUUGGUAUCUGAACUACUCUGGGGCAAACAACAUUUAAAAUUUUAAGCUAUUCAGAAAAUAUUUUUAACAUCUAAGUAUUUUAAAAUUAGUAUUUGAUAGUAACUAGCAAAAAAAACCAACCCAAACCCAAGGUUUGCUACUCAUAUUGGAAAAAGUAUUUUACAUUUAGUAAUUUUGAUGUAUUUUGUCUUCAUUAAAGAAAGUUCCUAAUUAAUUUUUGCCAAGCUUAAUAUAUAUUGUUAUAGAGUUUUUUUAAAUAACAUUUCCAAGUUUUUUGAAAAAAGCAACAUUCCAUUUUUUUAAUAUCUUAAUUUAUUAUAAAAGUAAUUACUUCACAUGACUGGAGAAUCGUAUAUACAUACAUAUAUACAUACACAUAUAUAUGUAAUUUAUAUUCAUAAUUUGGAGAGUUGCAACCUAAAAAAUGUGACUUGAAAGGAAAAUAAAGAUACAGGGAAGACUGAAACUUACCUGAGAAAAAUACCUUAGAUCUCUUUCAAAAACAAUCUUCCUUUUGUAUCCUUCUAGAUACUGUUGACAUGAGGCUACUUUUUAUUUAAUAUUCUUUAAAAGAUUUUCUUUUAAAAUAAUGAAUAUUCUCAAACUAAAGCCUUCUGAAUUUCAAGAAUGACCUAACAUUUGAUAAGACACUGUAUUAAAAAUUACUAAACAACAGUCUAUAAAUUUUUCUAAACAUUUUACUAACAAAAAAUGAAACUACUUUUUACUUGUAUAGUAAAACAAAAUAAAGCUAAUUGAUUUGUAUUUGUAAGAAGUGUUCAAAGGAAUACUUGAAUGCAUUUCAAUGUAUCACUUUCUUGGGGAGGGGAUUGUUUUGUUUCUUAAUUAAGAAACAUCCCAUUUUGGAUAAUAAUUUUCUUUUUCUUCCUAAACCAUUUUGUUUUUAAUGAUUGAUGCCCUGUGGAAGGUGUAAGAUAGUUGGUUAUAGUUGUCUUUCCAUUGUAGUGGAUAGAAUCAUAAUGAUUGCUAUGGAAAGAGAAUAGCUUUUUUUUUUUUGAUCCUGUCCCAGCUAAGAAAACAACCUCAGAGGAGACCAUGAUUUUUGAAAGCUAUGUUCUCUCUCUGAUAUUUUUAUAUUUUCCAGAUAAUUUUAUGUCAACUGCAUCAUCUUAAUAUUUUUAAAUUAAAUUUUAUUUCAUUUUUACGAA